UCAUGGAGUCUACCGUCAUGCAGUCUACCGUCAUGCAGUCUACCGUCAUGGAGUCUACCGUCAUGCAGUCUACCGUCAUGCAGUCUACCGUCAUGGAGUCUACCGUCAUGGAGUCUACCGUCAUGCAGUCUACCGUCAUGCAGUCUACCGUCAUGCAGUCUACCGUCAUGGAGUCUACCGUCAUGCAGUCUACCGUCAAGGAGUCUACCGUCAUGGAGUCUACAGUCAUGCAGUCUACCGUCAUGGAGUCUACCGUCAUGGAGUCUACCGUCAUGCAGUCUACCGUCAUGGAGUCUACCGUCAUGCAGUCUACCGUCAUGGAGUCUACCGUCAUGCAGUCUACCGUCAUGCAGUCUACCGUCAUGCAGUCUACCGUCAUGGAGUCUACCGUCAUGGCAUGGAGGGGUGUCAACUGACACACUCCGCAGAAUGUGCAGAGGCGUGAUCCCUAACGCCAUUCAUCAAGGCACUUGA